AAUAUCGGCACACGACCGGAUCGCGCAGAAAAUUUGCAAACAUCAAACAUAUGCAGAAAGUACGUUUUAUAUAUUUAAAGCGGCGGUGCCCAGAUCAUUUAUAAACUAAAAUGGAAAAAUAUAGUGCUUUUCAGCUUGUAAGAGCUUCAAAAUACGAUUCUAUUCUGUCGGCACAAAUUAAUAGUUCAGGUAGUCUAAAUGAGAAGGACUUUAUUCAUCCGGCAUUUUACAAACGAUUUCCGAUGUGGACGACAGACAGCCAGCCUUUAUUAUGUACAAGCAACGACAUUCGCAAGUCAGUUACAAGUAAUGCAUAUAAAAUAAUAGAAUCCAGGCGUACAGAUGAUUGCUUGAGUCCUGUACCAAGUACGAGUUCGAAUAAUAUAGAUAUAGUUAGUGAUCAUUAUGUCCAGAUAAAACGUGAUGAAAACAACAAAUGUUCACAAUCCCCAACUACUUCAGAAAACGAAGACUCAAUGGUAAGCUGUCAGACACCAGCACAUUCGAGAUGUGAAGAAACCUGUGUCAGUCCUAACUCGGAAACGAGUUCAACCAAAAAUAUUUUUACAGCUUUCAGACCUUGGGCGACGAACUCCACACAAUCAGCUACAAAAAUUGGAAGUUUUGCCGAGAACGUCGCACAAUACUCAAGCUUAUUCUGUCCAAGCCUGCUGACGCAAUCUCUUAGACCGGAUACUAAGUAUCUUCUUAACAACUUUCUUUUAUCUCAAACUUAUUUUCUGGCUGCAAAUUACCAGUAUAGAAAUAUGUAUCAGGAUGUUAAUGCGUGUAAAACAAUGAGAUUAAACGAAAACAACCUAACUUGCAAACUUCAAGAAGGUGCCAUUGAUUUGUCGAUGGGAAAUUUCACAUGCGCCAACUGUGAUAAAAUUUUCACUUCUGCACAUGGAUUGGAAGUUCACGUGCGUCGAACGCAUACUGGAUCCCGGCCGUUUACUUGUGAUAUUUGCAGCAAGACAUUUGGUCACGAAGUAAGCCUAGAUCAACACAGGGUCGUGCAUACGCUCGAGCGUGUAUUUUCUUGCAAACAAUGUGGCAAGACAUUUAAGCGAUCAUCUACCUUGGCAACCCAUCUUCUGAUACAUAGUGAUACACGGCCAUUCCCUUGCAUGUACUGCGGCAAAAGAUUCCAUCAAAAGUCGGAUAUGAAGAAACACACGUACAUUCACACUGGUGAAAAGCCACAUAAAUGUAUGCAGUGCGGCAAAUGUUUCAGUCAAUCAUCCAACCUUAUAACCCAUAGCAGAAAACAUACAGGAUUUAAACCGUUCCCCUGUCAAACAUGCGGCCGAGCUUUCCAAAGAAAAGUUGACCUCAGAAGACACGUCGAAACACAACACGUGAUUGUUAUGAAUCGCAGCAUUAUACGCCAGAAUACAGCAUAAGUCGUAGAACAUCAUAAUCCGAAGUUUAGAUUGCCGGAAAGGAUUUAACAGUAGCGUGGAAAGUUUUAUAUUAUUUAAACUGAGUUGACUAUAUUUUAUAUUGUAAAAAUGUUUCAUUAGUAGUUGUGUGUAAAAAGAAGGUUAAAAGAAAAAACAUUUGAAACAAGUAAUUCAGUAAUGAACCAUUAAUUUAUAUCAUGCAAAAUAUCCCAACAACUGUACUGUAAAGCUGUUCUGGAUUUCUCAUUAAAUAACUGUUGACAUAUUUUUCAUGGUACAUUAGAAAACAAAAUUUCUUAAUUAUUUAGAAAUGUUAAACAUAUGUUUAAUAAUGUUUUAAACAAUCAAUUUAGAACAUAACUGAAGAAAGUAGCACUGAACGUGCAGUAAUGUCGUAAAGGUAGCAAAAUGUUAAAAAAAAGUAUUUCGACUUCCACACUAACAUAGCAAAAUAAGCAACAGACAUUUCAUGUACAUAUACUCGUAUAUUGUAUAUGAGUAUUUUUUAACUGUAACAAGAUUAGAGUAAUGGACAUAUAGUGUAAAGUUAGCUUUGUAUUAUUAAUGAAGUUCUUUUCCAUUUAAAACUGUCACCAGCAAAAAAAAUUGUCUUAAUGUUAAUUGACAGCCUCAUUUAGUACAUACUACAUGUGACUAUUAGUUAUGCACCGUUUUUAUUGGUGCCGAAUAUGGUAUUCACGGAAAUUCACGAUUUUUUUUAAUUUUAUGUUGCAAUCUUUUUUCCAAUUGAUAGCAUUAAGAAAUUCCAAUAAUAAACUCGUAUUCACGUU